AUGGCAGCGAGCACAGACGUGGCUGGGCUGGAGGAGAGCUUCCGCAAGUUCGCCAUCCAUGGUGACCCCAAGGCCAGUGGGCAAGAGAUGAACGGCAAGAACUGGGCCAAGCUGUGCAAGGACUGCAAGGUGACUGAUGGAAAGACUGUCACAGGGACUGAUGUGGACAUCGUCUUCUCCAAAGUCAAGGGGAAGUCUGCUCGGGUCAUCAACUAUGAGGAGUUCAAGAAGGCCCUGGAAGAGCUGGCCAUCAAGCGAUUCAAGGGGAAGAGCAAGGAGGAGGCUUUCGAUGCCAUCUGCCAGCUGGUCGCCGGCAAGGAGCCAGCCAACGUGGGCGUCACUAAAGCAAAAACAGGGGGUGCUGUGGACCGGCUGACUGACACCAGUAAGUACACGGGCUCCCACAAGGAGCGCUUCGACGAGAGCGGCAAGGGCAAGGGCAUCGCCGGGCGGCAGGACAUCCUGGAUGACAGUGGCUACGUGAGUGCCUACAAGCAUGCUGGCACCUACGACACUAAGGUGAAGAAGUGAGGCCUGGGAAGGCCCCCUGCAUGGCUGCCCCGGCCAGCGGCUCAGGCCUUGGCCGAGGGGGUACGUGGAGCAAGAGAGCCCAGUCCCCUCCCUGCUGGACCUGCCGUCCAGAGCUUCCUGCCCAGCCCCACUGGGCCAGCCCACCAGGCCUCUGACCCAGGCUGCUCUGUGUCCCCUUCCCCUUUCCUCCAUGACUUCUGUCCCUCUGGGGAGAGUCUGUGCCUAUAGCCUCACCACCCCAACCUAGCCCUGGGCAUGGCUAACCCCUGACUGCUUGCCUCAUAUUUAAGCUGCUGCUCUGGCCAAGUGCCUAAUUCCUACCCAGACCUCAAUAAAGACACCUUUUGUAUCGA